AUGUCCACAGCUGAUACCAAAUCCCCAGGCCCAACGGCCAAACAGCCCCAUUCAGACUCAUCAGGGCAAUCAAGUACAAAAACACCCUUCCACCGCACAACACUGUUCCAAAUCCUCACAGUCGGGCUAUGCGCCUUCUGCGCCCCCGGAAUCUGGUCUGCCAUGAAUGGCCUCGGCGUAGGCGGCUCCCAAUCCCCCAACCUCGUCAACGCCGCAAACGCCCUACUCUACGCCUUCAUGACAGUCACCUGCUUCCUCGGCCCAUUCCUAACAAACAUCAUCGGAUUCAGGUAUACCCUCGCCCUGGGAUCAACAGGAUACCCUCUCUACGCCGCGGGGCUAUACCUAAACAACCGCACCGGCGCAACAUGGCUCGUCUACCUAGGCUCAAUAACGUGUGGGAUCACAGCAGGAUUCUUCUGGAGCGUCGAAGGCGCCAUUGCAACGGGAUAUCCCGAGGACCGCAAACGGGGGCGGUACAUCGCGACGUGGUUCACGUUUCGGAAUUUCGGGAAUAUCAUCGGCGGCGCGAUUUCGUUGGGGGUUAAUGUAAAUACAAAUAAGCAGGGCCAGGUCGGGUAUCAGACCUAUCUGGCGUUUAUUGCGAUUCAGUGUCUGGGGUUGCUUUUUGGGCUUAUGCUUCAGAAUCCGGAGGGCGUUGUUAGGGAUGAUGGAACCAAGGUUGCCAGCCCGGCUACUAACCAGGCGAAGAUAUCGUGGAGAACGGAGGUCAAGGCCAUGUGGGCGAGGGGGAAGAGUCGGCCGAUCCUCCUGUUAACGCCACUGUUCUGGUACUUUGGCUGGAUUCAGGCGUACCCUGGGACGUAUCUAGCGACGUACUUCACCGUGCGAGCACGCGCACUGGGCAGUUUCCUGUCUGCGAUUGUGGGCACGAUUGGAACCUGGCUUGCGGGCUCGCUUGUUGAUAUCCCCUGGACGAGAAAUCGGAAGACGCGCGCGCUGAGUACCUGGAUAUUCAUUGCUUUGCUCAACAGCGCAACCUGGGUCUGGGCCGUCGUUAUCCAGAACGAGUACCGACAUACACAGCCCGUGCUGGACUGGGCCGACCAGCGCACUUUCGGGAGGGGGUUCGGUAUCUACCUCUUCGAGCGGAUCAGUCUGACCAUGGUCGAGAACUAUAUCUACUGGUGCAUUGGAAACCUGGCGGACUCGCCGGGCGAGCAGAUCCGGUAUAGUUCACUGCUGAGGGGGAUUGAGACAGCGGGCGUGGCAGUGGGUUUUGGCGUGCAGGCUGUUCCAACGGCGUUGAUUGCGACGGCGAGUAUCAACUUUGGGCUAUGGGCUUUGGCUCUGCCGUUUAGCUUCUGGGCGACACUGUUGGUUGUAAGGAGGUUUGAGGAGUUGGCUGCUGCAUGA